AUGGUGGUGCAGAGUAAUCUGGAUAUCGGGGAAACCAGGAAAGGAAUCCUGCUGGAACCAUUCAUCCACCAGGUUGGAGGACAUAUGAGCAUGAUGAAGUAUGAUGAUUGCACUGUCUGUAAGCCACUGGUCUCUCAGGAGCAAUGGUUCUACGAAGCUCUUCCAACAGCAAUGAAACAGUUCACUCCUCGUUACAAAGGUGUAAUAUCUGUAUAUCUCAAGAAGGACAGCAUGGGGAACCUGAAUUUUGUAGCCUGUCCACACACAGAUCAUCACAAUUUCUUGGAUAACACCUCAAAGGAGUGUUCAAUGACAAUAUGGCAGAAACUCAACCAAGCAAAAACCGUCAAAUGGAAUCAAAGUCCAUUAACAAAUGUCAUUGAAAGCAGCUGCCAUGGGAACACACGACUGCAGACAGAUCUUCAGCACCACCAAGAUGUAUCAUCACUUAUGGAGGAUGCCAAUGGGAACCAAGAGGCAAAUAACAGCUUUAAUCCAUGGGGACUGCACUGUCACAAACAGCAUCUGAAUCGCAUGUCUUCCAAGUAUAAGGAGAAUAAACCUCACCAAUUUCUGUUGCUAGAAAAUGUUGUAUCCAAAUAUAAAUACCCAUGCAUUCUGGACUUAAAAAUGGGAACCAGGCAGCAUGGUGAUGAUGCAUCAGAGGAGAAGAAAGCACGGCAAAUAAAGAAAUGUGAACAGAGUACAUCAGCCUCCCUUGGAGUCCGUAUUUGUGGCAUGCAGGUUUACCAGGCAGAUACCAUCCAAUAUAAUUGCAAGGAUAAGUACUAUGGACGAAAACUUUCACCAGAUGGCUUCAAGCAAGCCCUUUGCCAGUUCCUUCACAAUGGGAAUCAUUUUAGAACAGACCUCGUGGAACCAAUUUUAUUUCAGCUGAAUACUCUGCUAUCUGUCAUCAAAAACCAAAAUUCUUACCGGUUCUUCUCUAGCUCACUUCUCAUAAACUAUGAGGGACUGGAGAAAACAAUGCCUUCAGACAAUGACCCUCAGGGACACUAUCAAAACCUAGUCUGCUCUGCUUCACAUGGGAAUAGCCAUCCUAAAGUUGAUGUUCGCAUGAUAGACUUUGCUCAUGCAACUUACAAAGACUUGAGAUAUGAAGGACCAGAUCAUGGUUAUAUUUUUGGUCUAGAAAACUUAAUUAAAAUUUUCCAGAGUAUAUCUAUGGGAGAAUGACAAUUACGGAAUUAAAGACUCAUGAUUUGAAAUAGCAGAACCUGUACAUUGGGCUAUAACAGUAGGAAGCCGUCCAGCUACUACAGCAAUAAAAAGGGCAGUUUGUUAAGGAAAGCUCAUACUAAUAUGCCACUAUAGUUUGAGCAGAAAUCCUCAUAAUUGUGAACAUUGGAUGAUUUUCUUUUCUAAUUCUACUGUUGCCUAUUCGUGUCAUUUGUGAAAAAGAAUACUUGAAAAGAACUCAAAGAGUUAAGGAUUUUUUUAAUGAAGAGCCAAUCAGAUUUGUGGGGUGAGCAAGGACCAAACAACUAUGAAACUCAUGAAAAGAGUUAUGAAGCUAGGCUGGCAGGUCCUUAAAACAAUUCAGCUUAAUUCAUCCAAUUUGAUGGGUUAAAAAGGACAAUCACUUUUGAACAAGCUUAGCUACUAAACAGCAGUACUUUAAAAACCUUAAAUUAACUCCUUGUUCCUUUGUAUUCCAUGCUAGUGUCUAUGCCAAAGUAUUUUCCAAAGGGUAAGUAGAAUCAGAGCCACAAUCAAAAGCAGAGGAUUCCAGAUAUUCUCAGAGAAAUAAUGUAAGGUAUUGAUGGAAGAAUAAGAACUUGUUACAGAGAGGGCACAAAAUCUGGAAAAAGCAGUUAUGGAGAGAUUCAUACCUUGAUAUUUCAGGCCAGAGUUACACUG